AUGAAGAGAUACUGCUCUGUGAUUGUUGGUUUGGUUUUGAUGAUGGCAUUUGCUGCCUCUGUUGCCAAUGCUACAUUGGGUCUUGAUUUGUCGUAUUUCCAAGGAGAUGUUUCUCAAAGUUCUUGGAAUUGUUUAAAGCAAUCUGGACGUGAAUUUGCUAUUAUUCAAGCUCAAUUAUCAACUGGACGUGUCAAUCCAUAUGUUGCUAAUGACAUCAAUCGUGCCAAGGCUGCUGGUAUUAAAUAUGUUGAUAUUUACAUCUUCCCAAAUAUUAAUGAAGAUGCUGCUGCUCAAGUUCAAAAUACUGUCAACUUUAUCAAGAGUAAUGGUGCAACCUUUGGUCAAAUUUGGCUCGAUAUUGAAGGUCCUCAAUACUGGACUAAUAAUUGUCAAACCAAUGUUAACUUUAUCUCUAGAAUGGUUAAUGCUGGUAGAGCUACAGGUUAUCCAGUUCACAUCUAUUCUUCUCAUUCUCAAUGGCAACCAAUUACUUGUGGUUCUACUGCCUUCUCCAAUUUGCAAUUAUGGUGGGCUUACUAUGAUAACAAUGCAUCAUUUGAUAACUUCCAAUCUUUUGGAGGAUGGAGGUAA